CAUUUCAAAAUUCCUUUCAAAUAAUUUCAAAAAUAUGUAAUGUCCAAUAUUUAGAUUUCACUUUCUUAGACCUUUCAAGUUCUAAUUCUUUACAGUCUUCAUCGUUAAUUAAGAAAUUUUUCCUACUUUUUUUUAGGUAAAGCAAAUAAAGAAAAUCCGAGAAGACGAAGACGAACAAAUAAAAAUUUUGAUGACUUUCAUCUGCUAUCUGGUGUCAACUUACAUAUGCUUUUUGUUCAACCAGAAAAGUCCUUUCCGUGUAAAUUUUGUACAAAAUCAUUUCGCCAGAAACGUGACCUUGAUCGUCACAUCCUUACACAUACUGGUGAAAAGCCAUAUGCCUGUGAUAGAUGUGGUAAAGAAUUUGCGAGAAAGGACAAGCUAAUUUCUCAUUGUCGCACACAUACAGAAGAAAGAUUAUUUAACUGUGAUAUUUGUGGUAAAAAAACUGGUUCUGAAAAGAUUUGGAAAGAACAUUUUUUCUUCCACCCCUUUAUAGGUUCUUCUUCAGUCCGUUCUACUUUUUAUAAUUUUCUUCAUGGAGUCUGGGGUAUGUCGUCUGAUCAGAUUGAGAAAGAAAUUUCAGAAGUGGACAAUGAUGUUCAUCAGUCAGAUGGAGAAAACCAAAUAGAGAAUCAUUCACGUGGAAAUAAAGUGAGACAAUAUACUUGCGGAGAAUGUGAUAAACAGUUUUAUCAACGUGGGCACUUAGAGGAUCACAUGAGAAUUCAUACUGGCGAAAAGCCAUUUGUUUGUGAAAUGUGCCCUAAAAAAUUUAGCAAAUUCUGUCAUUUAAAAACACAUAUCCGAGUUCAUACUGGAGAACAGCCUUAUCAAUGUAAUUUUUGUGGUCGUCGCUUUAAUCGAAAAGAUAAUUUGAAUUCUCAUUUGCGAACAAAGGGGCAUUUUACUUCACAAGAUGACGAAUCAUUAUCUCAUUCAUAGAAUUACUUUAUUACAGUAUGUUUGAAUUAGAAAAUUGCACAGAUCUGAUAUCUUCACAUUUUGUUGGAUUUGAUUUGAGAUAUAUUCAUACAAAUAGAAGAUAUUAAAUAGAACUUCUUCAAACCAUUUCUAUUUGAUUUCAUUUACUAUUGCAAAAUUGUGUAAUAACUCUUCAGUAUAUAUAUUUUAAUAGGCUAGCAAAAAAAGUACUUUGAAAGGUUUUUAAUGAAAAAAAAUGAAUGUAAUUAUAUAUAUAUUUAUAA